CCACCCACACACACACACACACACACACACACACGUGUACAUUCAAUCACAUACGCACACAGUAGCCAUCACUGCAACAUUGGUUGCAAUUGUCCCGUUCGGAUAAUACUUCUUAGACGGGGAGUUUAGCGACCCGGCUGUAGCAGAAUAAGCAACAACAACAACAACAUCAACAACAACAACAACGACAACGACAACGAUAACAACGGCACCUGGUCUCGCGAAACAACAACAGCGACGAUAGUGUUGACAGCAACAACACCAAGAACAACAAUGGCAAUAUAACAAAAAUAACGACGUCUAUGUCAACGGUUACCCCUACCAACACAACGUAUUAAGCAGAUGGUACUCCUGAAAGGACUUUAUGUGGUUGUGUCGUGAGAACGAACGUCCAGGCUGCACAAACAACCGGCUGCAUUGCUUAGAUAUUCCUCUUCACGGUCGCCACGACCACCCAUACUCAUCCGGCAACGGUCUUAUGAAAUCCGUCUGCCACAAGUUCGACAAACGACUCAGAACGUAAACAUUUGGUACUCACGGGAAGAGAAGCUGAAACUUAAACCGAAUUUGUGGACACAAGAAAGAAAACAGGACAGUUUUUGCACAACCGGAAGCAGUGCUAAUCUAUUUGUGGGUCCGUUUGAGCCAUGUGUUCAUACAUGUAAUAAACACACAACACACACACACACACACACACACACAUACAUACAAAUACACACACACACAAUCACGAACGCAUAUAUACACGCUUGUAAAAGCUAUGAAAACUUAAUUUUGUUUUUUCACCAACUAAUGUGAAUGUGUUCAUUUCCAAAAGUGGCCCUCACUACUGGCAAAAAUAACUCUGUUUACCACCACAAAAUGACUUUCAUUAGCGCCCAAAGUGACACCCUUUGCCACCUAGAGUGAAUAUUUUCAUCACUGAACGCCAUGAUUCUUGAUGAUUGUCUUCAAUGCGAAACGUUAUGAAAAUGGGGGACUCGGGCGAUUUCUUGCAGAGAUUGUUGGAGAACAGCAGAGUGGUUAAGAUGAAGUAUAAUCGGGAUGUUUUUGAGGUCAAACUGGACGUGGAGAAUUACGAACCUGAAGAUCUAUGUGUAAAAGUUCAGGACGAACAUUUAAUAGUAUCAGGAAAACACGAGAGCAAAAGAGAGGAUCUUGGUUGUGUGGCUCGCCAAUUCACACGCCAGUUUCUAAUGCCUGAGGAUAUUGAUCCAGAUACUCUGACUUCCAGUCUGUCCCCAGAAGGCAUCCUAACAAUCAACGGCCUGAUCAAAAGAACAUCGACCGACUGUGGCAGUUCAAUAAACAUUGACCAUUUGAAUAAUGUCAACGAAUCGGAUGAAAAGACGGACCGCAACAGUAACCGUAAAGCGCAGCACAGGAUUUGCAACAACAAUAUGAAAAACGAGAACACUUUAAGAGCGACAAUAUCUUAAAUGGUGACGCCAUUAAAUUGUUUGGCGCGAAAGUAAAAGGGUAGUUUUACAGAGUUGGUAUUCCAUAUUUACUCAGGGCUUGUCUGUGUCGUAUAAAUCACUCAGUUUAAUCAACUACUAACUCACCCAGUUAAUACACGGAAUUAUUCAAACAAUCACUCAGUCAAUUAAUCGAUCAAUUAAAUUAAUCAAUCAAUUAAUCAAUCAAUCAAUCAAUCAUAUCAAUCACAUCUGAUCUAUCAGUCAUGCCCAACAUCUCAGACUAUCUAUCACUUGGUCAGUAUUUAUCUCAUACAUGUAUGAUACACAGAAUCAACUGUUUAACGUUAUUCUAAAAUCCAAUAUAUCAACCAAUGGGUGAUUAUCUGAGCAGACUCCAUAGGGAGUCUCUCUCCCGGCUUCACCUUUUAUUAGGAAUCGGGCUGGGCACCGCGUGUCGACGAAACCGUCGUCGAUUAUACGACGCUCCCGCUGCUUGCAGCGGUGAAUUGAGACUGUGCCUGUGCAUGGUGCCUACUUAGAACUAGCAAAGACUGGAAUGACAGCCACGGGCAAGGACGAUGAGAUGAAAGUCUCUGCGUCAGUAAGGGGGACGCAAAACCGCGGCACAAUGGGUCGGUAGUCUGGCAAGCAACCUACCAACAGUUUACAGAAUAUGAGAUGGGUGAAAGCUAGAAAGACGAACACACACACACACACACACACACACACACACACACACACACACACACGCACGCACACACACACACACACACAUACAUACAUACA